GUCGGGGCUCGAGAGACCCAGCAGGUCCCCGCUCGGGCUGGCCUCCAGGCUCGUCAUCGUCGUCGUCGUCGCUGUCAGCACACCAUUGUUGUUGAUGGCGUUGUUGUUGCUGCCGCUGUUGUUGUCCUGCCACGGCGAAACACCUAGAGACCCGACAUCGGGCGUUGCCUGCGCCGAGUCCCUGCCCCAGGCUGUCAGCCAGGCGUCGAGGUCUGCGGCCUCGGACACGGGCACCUCGGGACCCGAGUACAGCUCAGCGGCAUGUGCCUCGAGGGGCGAGUAUGGUGUCGAGUGCUCCGAGUCGUCCAUGGCGGCCAAUGUCUCGACGCAGUGCGUGGUGAGAAGAGUGGACGUUGGGAGGGAUGACUCGAAAGAACGCCAAGCAAGUCGACUUUUUAGUGGACUCGGAAGCUCGCGAGGGGAGCUUAGCUCCAGGACUGGCUAGAGCGAAGGAGGGGCGGGUUCACACCAGCAGGGCUGGCAAGUUCUCCGCAUUAGGGGGGACCCAACGAGGCGGGGUGCCCCGACUAUGCUCGGCCCGGCUCAGGUCAGCAUCCAGGGUCCC